CAGCCAACCAGCCGACGAUCCCAACGGCCACUCGCUCCCGGCACUAGGCGCCGCACCAAUAAAAGGCGACCAAAUAACCCAAGAACCAAUCAAAACUGAGAGAAAUGGAGGGACCGACCAACCCUCUGACGCCGAAGGCGAUGUGCACGGCCUGGGCCUAUCAGAUGACGAUGACGAUGACGGGGAUGGUGAUGACAGUAAUGAAGAUAGUAAACACGCACACAGUGACGGCGACGUAAGUAAUGACGGUGACGGUGAUGAGGAGGUCAGCAUCAACGACAGUGACUUCGACGGCAUGUCAGACGACGACGAUGAUGAUGACGAUGAUGAUGAUGAUGAUAAUGAUGAGGUGUGUGUGUCUGGUGUUGUUGCUGCGUGUCUGUGUAGAUGGGUGGUUUGA